AUGAAAUACACAUCUAGAACCACCGCUAAAAAUAGCACAACCAACAACUCUAACGCCACCACCACAACCAUCAUUAACAACAUUACCACCCCUACCACUACUACCACCUCUACCACUACCAGUACCACUUACAGUUACACCACUACUACAACUACCAACAUAAUCACCACCACUACCACCACUGUCGAGGCUGAUGUUCAUGACCAUGCACCUGAGCUGAGAGCAGAGGUGAAGUCUGUUGAUAAAAGCACAUCAGCUGUGGAACCCGUUUCAAAAUGGAAUAGCAACAGGAGAUCUAGCCCCCAGUUCAAAACUCCCCUCACAACUAGCGGUAGCUCACUGCAGAAUAUAUUCAAUCUGUACCAUACUAACUACGCACAUCCAGGUCAAGGAGCUGAGGCGAUUAAGGGAGACAAUGACGGUUGGACUGCAUUACACAGUGCUGCACAGAAUGGUCAUCUAGAUAUCACUGAAUAUCUCAUCAGUCAAGGGGCUGCUACCAAAUAUCUGAUCAGUCAAGGAGCUGAGGUGAAUGAGGGAAAUGAUGAGGGUUGGACUGCACUACACAAUACUGCUCAGAAUGGUCAUCUAGAUAUCACCAAAUAUCUGAUCAGUCAAGGAGCUGAGGUGAAUAAAGGAAAUGAUAAGGGUAGGACUGCAUUAGACAGUGCUGCUGAUCAUGGCCAUCUUGAUAUCAUUGAAUAUCUGAUUAGUCAAGGAGCUCAGGUGAAUAAGGGAGAUAAUGAUGGUUGGACUGCAUUACACAGUGCUGUUUGGAAUGGUAACCUUGAUGUUGUUAAAGUUCUUAUGACAGGAGAAGCAAGUUUUGACAUAGGAGACGUUCACGGCCAGACACCUCAACAUCUGUCUUCAAUCCUCGGCUACGAAAGCAUUGCUGAUCUAUUCUUGGACCAUUCCCAUUCCAAGGUAAACAUUAAAAAAAAAACUCUUUAUGUCAAAUGUAUCUACCUAGAUGUUUUCAAUACAUGGAUGUAA